ACCGCCAAAUUUUCCAAGUGGCAGAAUUUUUUCCUACAUCUCAAGCCCCCACCAUAUUUAUCUGCGUCGCAAAUUCACAUCUGAACCGAAGAAAGACGAAAUAUAGUCAUUAUGCGGCCUCUCACAGAACCGGAGACGAAGGUUCUCUUCGAAAAGUUGGCGAAUUAUACCGGAACCUCGCUAAAGAACCUGAUUGCGCCGCUCGACGACUCGCCCGACGCCGAUCGAUAUGUCUUCCGUCUGAAUCGGGACAGAGUAUACUACGUCCUGCUUUCCGUCGCAAACCUAGCAACAUCGAUAUCGAGAGAUAACCUCGCAUCGCUAGGCAUCUGUCUAGGCAAGUUCACCAAAUCAGGCAAAUUCCGCUUACACAUUACGGCCCUUCCCAUUCUAGCCGAGCACGCGCGAUACAAGCUAUGGAUCAAGCCUAACGGCGAGAUGCCCUUCCUCUACGGCGGCAACGUCGUCAAGGCCCACGUCGGCCGCUGGUCCGAUGAUUGUCCCAGUCACCAGGGCAUCGUGGUAUACAGUAUGUCCGACACGCCUCUCGGCUUUGGCGUCACGGCCCGCAGCACAGCCGAGGCGAGGAGAUUAGAUCCGACGGGCAUCGUGUGUUUUCGACAGGCAGAUUGCGGGGAGUAUCUUAGAGACGAAGAUACGUUAUUUGCCAGCUGAUAGAAAAGAGCUUUACUUAGUUUCAAAUGACGAGAUGAAGUAUUGGGGUGUAUAGAUACCAAAAGUUAAAACGGAUGAUCGGUGGCUUGUUAGCACUAAAAAGGCCCGGAGUUUGGGAUUCGGCUUGAAUUGUGUGCAUUUCAGGGGCGUUCGAGGUUAUCUAAAGU